AGCCAGUGACAGGCUCUGUAGGGGGAAGAUGGCGUCUGGUUGCUUAGCACUGCUCAUGUAAAUCCGGUUUGCUAUAUCCCGGAGCCUUGUUAUCCCCCACACCGUUACCGAGGCGGCUAUAGACAUGUCUGAUUCAGAAGAGGAGAGCCAAGACCGGCAGAUUAAAAUAGUCGUUCUGGGAGAUGGAGCCUGUGGGAAGACUUCUCUGGCCAUGAGGUUUGCUCAGGAGUCGUUUGGGAAACAGUACAAGCAAACGGUGGGACUAGACUUCUUUCUGAAGAGGAUAACGUUGCCAGGGAAUUUAAAUGUGACUCUUCAAGUCUGGGACAUUGGAGGACAGACCAUAGGUGGCAAAAUGCUGGAUAAAUAUAUUUAUGGAACCCAGGGAGUUCUUUUGGUGUAUGACAUCACAAAUUAUCAGAGCUUUGAAAAUUUAGAAGACUGGCUUUCAAUGGUGAAGAAAGUAAAUGAAGAAUCUGAAACACAACCCUUUGUUGCCCUUGUUGGUAAUAAAAUUGACUUGGAGCACAUGCGAACAGUAAAAGCUGAUAAACACCAGAGAUUCUGCCAAGAAAACAGCCUAGGAAGUUAUUUUGUUUCUGCGAAGACAGGAGAUUCUGUUUUCCUGUGUUUUCAGAGAGCUGCUGCUGAAAUCCUUGGAAUCAAAUUAAACAAAGCAGAAAUUGAACAAUCGCAGCAUAUUGUAAAGGCAGAAAUAAUCAACUUUCCUGAAGAGCAUAAUUCAGGCAACUCCACAAACAAUCAGAGUAAAGUUUGCUUAUUGCAGUAGAUAAGAGAGUGGUGAAAGCGGACAUUGUGAACUACAGUCAAGAGCCGGUUACAAGAAUGGUCAACCCUCCUCGAAGCUCGAUGUGUACAAUACAAUGAAAUAUGUUUUGACGUGGAACCGCAAAUAUUUUUUUACUAUUGCACAUGCUCAUGGUUUACCAGGAGCUUUGGUUUAACAGUGACAAUCUCGAUUUGUGCAAUUAGAGGUUUAAAAACUUAAUGCAACACUUUAUUUUAUAAAGCAGCAAGCAGCCUUGGGCUGGCCAGUAUCCAGCCUUUGGACCACACACUAGGAAAUAUGAAAAAAAAGUUGUAUAGUUGAUAGUUAAGAAAGUAAAUACUUAUUGUGUAGAGUAUGCCCCUAAAAUAUUUUCAGACAAAUAUUACAGUAAAGGCAGAAUGGCUGUAUGGGAAAAAAACACAAUUAACCAUAAGUUUUAAUUUAUUUGGGGCUCUGUAUUAAGUUAAAAAAAUCGCAAAAUGAUAACUGUGAAUGUAUUUUUCCUUGGUGAUUACAUUGAAUUAUGUAUAUCUGUUUCCAAAAAAUGUUCUUUGUCCUUACAAACCACUAACACUAAUCAGAAACGUACUCUCUUUCUCAUCAUAUACAUAUAUCGAGGACAUAAAGUAAUAUUUUCAAAGCCAAAUAUCAGAUUAUUAAGCUUUUUAAACGAAUGUCUCCAUCUUGCCUGUAUUGAUGUUAAAUUUUGGGGAUUUAAGAGCAAAACUGGUUACAGGGCAGUCUGGGCAGCGUAUUUGUAUGGGAACUCAUCUUGGUCUCAAAAUGCACCAAACUGUACUGGAUAUUUAACCGUUUCAGUGCCAGGUUCCUAUUUAUCCUUGUGAAGUGGUGCCAGGAAACAAGCUCUAGGCCAUAAACAAAAAAGAAACCAAGAACCUCACACUAAACUUAGUUGACAUGAUGGUACUUUUUUUUUUGGAGGCUCCGUAAAUUCUAUGGCAUUUCUAAUACAAGGAUUAAUCAUAUAAUAGGCAUUUCUGUAAUUUGGAGCACUAUGCUUAAAGUUUAGUUACCAUCAACUAAAGGGUAUUAUCUCAUAAUUACAGAGAAAAAGGAAAUAGGUUUAAAGACAAAUUAUUUUUCUGUCUGCAUAAUGGUUUUCUGGAUAAUAUAUACCAUACCUUUAUUCUUUAUAUGGAUACUUUUUAAAACUGUGUUUAUAUUUUCAAUCACAGAAUAUACGUGAAUUAAAAAUGAUUACAUCUACAAUAUUUAUUAUUUAAAAGACUGUAUUUUAGUAUUUAGAGGAGCAGGGAGUUCUUCCACAUUGGACUUACAGACAAUUAUUUUGCAAAAGUGUUUCAAAGCUUGGACGAACGGCAAUAUAUUAUGAUACCGUUAGGAUUUUCAUUGUUGUAUGAAAUGGGAUACUGCAUAAUUAAGGGUACUUCUUAGAAACAAAAUAAAUAUUUUUUUUGUUGAUAAA